UUUUCACUGUACAGCUGUAUGUGUGUUCUCGUGGAUGGCACCUGUGAGAUACAGAACAACGACAGGAAGCUCUUCACACAGCUACACUUUGUCUGUGGUGUGUGUGUGCAUGUAUGUGUGUGUGUGCGUUUUUGUGAGGAUGUGAUGCGAUCUCACUCACAAAGAGUUGUGUCUAACGCCGAACACCCUUCUCUAGUGCCAGUAAAACACAUUUUUUAGCAUUUUUAAUCCUAAUUUUAAUGGAUAUGAUCGUGUUAAGCUGUGGGCGCCUUCAAUGAAAUCAGAGGCCUUUGAUUGGAAACUGCACUGUAACAGACACCAUGGGAAACUGUAACUCUUACGACUCGGAUGAUGGCUUCUCCUACCACCCUGAUGAUGACAUCUGCGAACACUGUAACUGCCCCAUUCCUCCUGGGAACCAGAUUCCCUAUGACGACGCCAAGCUCCCAUUCAACUCCAACUACACACCUCCUCCAACCUCACCAUUACCAGAUAACUUGGUGGUGGCAAAGUAUUCUUAUAAACCGUGCCACGCUGACGACCUGGGCUUCGAGAAAGGCGAGAAGAUGAAGAUCAUUGGCGAUGAUGACCCUGAAUGGUACAUGGCUGAAUCUCUGUCGACGGGACAGAGGGGUUACGUGCCACGCAACUUUGUGGCUCAACUCAACAGCAUGGAGACAGAACCAUGGUUUUUUAAGAAUCUCUCCAGAAACGAUGCCCAUAGGCAACUGCUGGCCCCCGGCAACACGCAGGGCUCUUUCCUGAUCAGAGAGAGCGAGACCACGCCAGGCAGCUUCUCUCUCUCCUUGCGAGAUCUGGAUCACAAUCAAGGCGAAGUCAUCAAGCACUACAGAAUCCGCAACCUGGAUGCCGGGGGUUUCUACAUCACCGGCAAGAUCUCUUUCCCCUCCCUGGCUGAGCUGGUCAAACAUUACACUCGAGAUGCAGAUGGCUUGUGCACACGUCUGGUAAAGCCAUGCCAGACACGGAUUCCACAGAAACCGUGGUGGCAGGAUGAGUGGGAGAUUGCCCGUGAGUCGCUCAAGCUAGAGAGACGAUUGGGGCAGGGACAGUUUGGAGAAGUCUGGAUGGGUUUGUACAAUAAUAACCGGAGAGUGGCCAUUAAGAGUCUGAAAUCUGGCACCAUGUCCAUCAGCGCCUUCCUGGCCGAGGCUAACCUGAUGAAAAACCUGCAGCAUCCACGACUCGUGCGCCUAUUCGCUGUGGUCACGCAGGAACCCAUCUACAUCGUCACAGAGUACAUGGAAAAUGGCAGUCUGGUGGAUUUCCUGAAAACACCAGAUGGAACAAAUUUGCAAAUGAACACCCUGAUCGACAUGGCCUCGCAGGUGGCUGAUGGCAUGGCCUACAUCGAGCAUAAGAACUACAUCCACCGAGACCUGAGAGCUGCCAACAUCCUGGUGUCUGACGGCCUCAUCUGCAAGAUCGCAGACUUCGGCCUCGCUCGGCUCAUCGAGAACAACGAAUACACGGCCAGGGAAGGUGCAAAGUUUCCCAUCAAAUGGACAGCUCCUGAAGCCAUCAACUACGGCACGUUCUCCAUCAAAUCGGACGUCUGGUCUUUUGGCAUCCUGCUGACCGAGAUUGUGACCUAUGGCAGAAUUCCUUACCCAGGGAUGACGAAUCCAGAGGUGAUCCAGAACCUGGAGAGAGGGUACCGCAUGCCUCGUCCGGACCACUGUCCCGAGGAUUUGUACGUUAUAAUGCAUGAGUGUUGGAACGAAAACCCGGAAAAGCGUCCCACAUUCGAGUACCUGCGCAGCGUCCUGGAGGACUUCACCACCGCCACAGAGCGGCAGUACCAGGAGCAGCCUUACUGAGGACGACCCGACAGACAGAUUAUUGAUUAUCCCUAAUUAUCCCAUAGAACACAUGAAAACAUCCCUAUCUUUAUUUCCUCCUGAUUAUUUUAUGUAUAUAGCCUACAGAGGUCCUUAUUUCAGGACAGUUGUGUCUUUUUAUGUUUAAAGACAGCUAAUAGUUUGUUAUCUUUUUUUGUUUUUUAAUGAGGCUGAUGUCUGAGAAAAAAAAAAACUAUUACCAGCCUCCUUUUUUCCUCUUGAAGUGCAAAAGGAAUCAACUUCAACUUCUUGCCUGUAAUCUCGUUAAGCUUUAACAACCUCCAG